AUGUCUAGACGAAUCACUCCGCUGUACGUGUUUGACAACCCAGCCGAGUACCACCGCCGCCACAGCCAGGGCACCUUGGUCGAGUUUCAGAACGAAAGCAAAGAGAUCAAUGCCUUCAAUGAAAGGCGGGUCGCCUUCAAGACCUGGGUGGUCGCCAACGUAUGGCAAGGGAGAGAAAAGUCGGGCUGGAUGUUUCUGAUCCGCCCCGGAGACCAAUCCCAAUGUUUCCCAAAGGAGGGAGAUUCCUGCGACAUCAUGAUACUUUCCAAGUCUGGCAAAGUCCAGAGGUCGAAAUGGCUCGACGCUGAGCGUGUCGACAACCCCGCCGCUUCGAUGGGUCUUGAUGGAGCGCACCUCGCUGCUUUCGAGGUCAAAGUGCCGAAAGAUGUCGCAGCAGACGUCCUGCGCCCAAUCAAAGGCGAUCCAGAUGACCCCGAGCACAGCGGUGCGCAGAAUAAGGGCAACAAGUACCUUCUUGGUGACAAGAAGGCAAUCAUGGUCAACAUCAAGUUAAGAAUUUCCUCUGCUACCAAGGACGCCGAGUUUGGCGCGCUUACCAAAUUGGCGCUGAACCCAAAGAACGACCGUACUCAGAAGCAGCACGACGCCUUCUUGUACUUGAUGGACUUCAAGAACCCGCGGUUCACCGUCAGUCUGUUCAACCAUUUCCCUCACCUAGCGGAUCCGAUGAACAAGGGACUGCUCCCAACCAAGGUCAUCACUAUGCUGAAGGGAUUUAACGAACACCAAAUCACCGCCUACAGAACUCUUCUCGGUUCUCUGCCCUGCGGCCUUGGACUGCUCCCAGGAGGCCCUGGGGCAGGCAAAACCCACUGGAAUUUGGUGCUCACCACGGCCAUACAAUCCAGGAACGAGAUUUGGCUUGCCCCAGGUAGGCCUGAACCGCGAUCUGCCAAAGUUCUAUACUUGAUAGACAUAAACAAACCCCUCAACGAUGUGUCCAACAAGAUGGUGAAGCUGUACAGAACCUUGGGAAUGAAGAAACACGCCGUGCGGCUUUACGGCUGGCACUACCGAGGCGCUGGCACUGGAAAGGUGGACUUCUCUGACAAGUUCAUGUUCCUCGCAAGACUGAACAGAUACCGCAAGCAUUCUUUCAACCCAGACUGCUUGGCGCCCACCCUCGACGAGCUCGCGUGGGACGUCUACGAAUCACAAAAGACCAAGAGAUAUAAGGGUCUGUACGAACUUAUGGGCAAGGCAAUGAAGAACGGGAGUGCCGCCAAGACAGACGAGUUCAAGGACAGAGUGAAUCAACUCUACCGUGAUGUGCUCGAUCAUGUCGACUUCAUAGCGACGACUCCUGUACCAGCCGCUACCGCUUUCGACGGCUACUUCAGGCCGGACUUGAUCCUGUAUGAUGAGAGCCCGCACAGUCGCGAGGCUUCCACCUUGGUCGCUAUUGCUAACUUCGAGCCUGUUGCAUGGAUCUUCAGCGGUGAUCACCGUCAAACCCGGCCCUACGUUGCCUCUGACGAUGUUCGAGACAACCCUUGGGUCCCCCAAAUGCUGGUCAGCAUGAUGGAGCGCGCAGACCGAGCAGGAGCGGUGCCACAUUCUCUUCUCAUCAACCACCGCGCCUAUGGAGGCCUCCAGAAGCUCGCAUCAGGCAUGUUUUACAACAUGAAGAUGAUCAGCGGCCACUCGGACCAAGAGCUCUUCCCGCCGUCGGUGCAGCACCUCCAGAGAUACCUGGAGCGCUUCUUGGAUCCCGGACAGACGUGCCGCGAGCCUCGCCUGAUCGCCUACAGCCCCAGACGCGGCGAGGUCAAGGUCGGCACUAGCUGGUUUAAUGAAGACCAUGGUUGUUGGGUCAUGGAUCGAGUGAUGGAGCUGCUCCAAGACCCAAGCUUCCGCCAGGUCGGGAGGACUGAUCGUGGCACCAUCCUCAUCAUCUCUCCCUAUAAAGAGGCGUACCAGAAAUACAAGAAGUCGAUCAAGAAUUUACCCCAGAUGUUUCAGGCACGGCUGGGAGUGGAGGCCCGGCUAGAGGCACGCACAAUCGACACGGUCCAGGGAGGCGAGGCAGACUUUGUUUUCUUGGACCUCGUCCGUUCCAGUGCAACGGAAUUCACUGAUGAUCCCAAUAGGCUUUGUGUCGCCCUCACGAGGGCACGUCAAGCCGAAGUUGUCUUGAUGCACCCUGGAAUGUGUAGAGCCAGUCGUUUUUUGAAGGGGAUCAUGGCUCACUGUGAGAAUCUGGGACAAGUGGUACAUACAGAGAAAGCUCCGAAACAAAUAGCCGCGGUCCCAACAGAGGCGAGAGCCCUGGAGCUGGACGCAGCUCGUCGGCCUGCCAUCGAACGCCAUCGUGCAAUGCUUGGCUUGGAGCCUCGAUUCGACACUGCCAGCCCAAGCCCUUCUUCGCCUGGAAAGCCCGAGCCGGAAUCCAUCUACGCCGCCCAGUUCUCGAAUAUGGCCAAAAUUAUGGAGGAUAUCUUGGAGAGCAACAAGAGAAACCGUAAUGUUCAGGAGCAGGCAGCCAGCCAUGCCGAGCAGUCCGAUACUACACAAAUCUCAGGUGAAAAUGGCUCGCCAUCCCACCAGCAGACUUCGAUGAGCGACGAACAGGCGCCACAUCCAUCGCGUGGGGUCUCAGCCCCCAAUGGAGGGCUGUCAGAUGGUGCUUCUGCGACGAGCGGAAAACCCGAUGUGAAGCCGGGACUUGCGAGUUCUCGCUGGAUUACUCCCGAGCAGCGAGCAACAGUUCAUCCUCAAGCUUACCCAGCUCUCCAGCAGGACCAUCGCAUGAAUACUGGUCCAAACGGUCAUCCCCUACCUCGAGCGGUUGCACAAGCCCAGACUGUCGGUCAGUCCGGAGAUUUGAGUACCAAGUCAACCGCCUCUCCCGAGCCUUCUGGUCGGGCCGCUUCCAGGCCCGCCGUAGGCGGCAACGGAAGAGCGAGAGAUGGCGAGGAGACCGGCUUUCUCCCUACGGGCCAGUCAUGGUGGUGA